CCAAUAAUGUUUUUGCACAGUCGGCGUUAGUCGUAAAAGAAUUUUGAUAAGAGACGUCACAGAAUCGUGCAAUUAGUUAAAAGUUUUUAAAGAUAAAUAAUUUAUUCGUGGCGUUCUUUAAAAAAAGCUUUAUAGCAUUGCGUAUAAUUGGAAUCUGGUAUCGACAGAGUUGUCAUAAUCGUAUAAAUUGUGCUUUUAAUACGGUAUACUAAAUUGAAAAGUAGUUGCCUUAUAUGUGCGCUUUUAAAAGAAUCGAAUAGGAUACCUCGAACUGAGGUUGAGGGUUCGUUCAGGGUCUGACUGAAUGAUAUAACCUGAAGGAACCUGUUUAGCAUCAUUGACCAUAUACUUAAUAGGAUGUGAAAAAUAUGUUUAUACUUUUUUAAAAAUGUCACAAGGAUGUAUAUGAAAUCAAGGAUGCCAUAUUUAUGGAAUACAAGAAAUUUUACCUAUGACCUUUUUUAACUCAGAAUUUGGAGCAGUGAUAGACUAAAUCACGACUUGUGCAGUAAACAAUAAUCAAUUAUUAUCAUAUAACAAAAAUUUAAUUUUGUCCAAUGCAAUUUGUACAUAAAAUAUAUUCAAUUAAGGCAUCUAACAUAUUCUUUGUUAUGUCCACAUGCUCCACAAGGUCUGUACAUUGUGAAAAACAUGCCUCUGUUCGGAAAGUCUCAAAAGAGUCCGGCGGAGGUUGUGAAAGCUCUAAAAGAGGCAGUAAAUGCAUUGGAGCGUGGUGAUAAGAAGGUAGAAAAGGCUCAAGAGGAUGUCAGUAAAAAUUUGGUACAUAUAAAAAAUAUGCUGUAUGGAACAGCUGAAACAGAGCCUCAAGCAGAUAUUGUCGUUGCCCAAUUGGCACACGAAUUAUAUAAUAGUAAUUUGUUGCUUCUACUUGUGCAGAAUCUUAGUCGUAUAGAUUUUGAGGGAAAGAAAGAUGUUGCACAAGUGUUUAACAAUAUAUUACGAAGACAAAUUGGAACAAGAUCUCCAACUGUGGAAUAUAUAUGCACUAAACCAGAAAUAUUAUUUACUCUUAUGUCUGGAUAUGAACACCAAGAUAUCGCCUUAAAUUGUGGCACUAUGUUGAGAGAAUGUGCGAGAUAUGAAGCUUUGGCUAAAAUAAUGAUCUAUUCGGACGACUUUUACAAUUUUUUCAGAUAUGUUGAAGUGUCAACUUUCGACAUAGCUUCCGACGCAUUUUCUACAUUCAAAGAAUUACUUACCAGGCAUAAAAUACUGAGCGCUGAAUUUUUAGAAAUAAAUUACGAUAAAGUUUUCUCUCAUUAUCAAAGGUUAUUGAAUUCGGAAAACUAUGUAACGCGACGACAGAGUUUGAAACUGCUAGGGGAACUCUUACUUGAUAGACAUAAUUUUACCGUAAUGACACGAUAUAUUUCGAAUCCUGAUAAUCUGAAGUUAAUGAUGAAUAUGCUCAAAGAGAAAUCACGUAAUAUACAGUUUGAAGCGUUUCAUGUUUUUAAGGUGUUCGUGGCGAAUCCAAACAAGCCAAAACCGAUUCUAGACAUUUUACUGCGCAACCAGGAGAAGCUAAUCGAAUUCCUAACGCGCUUCCAUACUGAUCGUUCCGAAGACGAGCAAUUUAACGACGAGAAGGCGUACCUAAUUAAACAAAUUCAAGAACUUCAGUCUGUACAUGAGAAUUAAGUCGAAAAUACAAGUUAUUGCUACAGCUA